GCCGUGUCGGUUAUUUUCGGGUAUCUGUUUUAGGACUAGGGUUUUGCAACAUUUGUAGCACGAAGAAGACGACGCACGAAUCUCUCCGAUAGCUAUGGCGAAGAACAGAAACAAGAAGAGAAAUGCUUUGGCAUCGAUGGAUAUCACCUCUGAUCAGACGAUCGUUGAUCUCCAAGCAAUGGAUACUUCAGAGUCUGUAGCUGCAAACACAACUCUCAGUGCCUCCAAUAGCUCACUGAAGAAACAUGAAGUAAAGAUAAAAAGGGGAGUACAAAUGAAGAGAUCGAAGAAUGUUCGAAAGAUGAAAGCAAUUGCAAAAGCUAUAUCUCAAAAUGAGAAAUCUUCAGAGAGAAUUUCAAAGAACGAGAGCAAGACAGCAAGAACCCAAUCUGCGAAAAAGCUGUAUGACUAAAUUUUGUGGCCUCCUUUGUGCUCUAUAUAUAGAACGGCUCGGUAGCAUAAAAUAAAAUCAUUUUUGUGAUUUCUACAACGAUUUUCUUGUGAUGUUAUUUACCAUAUUGAGUGUAAUUUUAUUACUUGCGGCUUGACCUCAGCAUAUUCAAAUGACUGAAUCGUCAUUUCAAUUAAAGCCAAUAAGGGUUUGCCAA